AUGCCCAUUCUCCUGCCUCGAGUGAAUACCAGGGCAAAGGUGAAUAAGACAUCUCCUGUGGGCGCCUCGCAUCUAACUGCUGAAAAGAUCGACGUCCAGAUCAAGAUCAAACUUGCCUCGUUUUACAAGGCUGCUUGCAAUGACACCGCACUGCGGGAGGACCGUACGGACUGGGAAAUCCCUAGCACAAAGCAGGUGCGAGUAGAACACGACACCUUCACAAUCGAGUAUUUAGAUCCCAAGUAUGAAAAGUUCGACGAGUUUGCUGGUCUCACCUGGUUGGAGCCAAUCGACGUGGUUGCAAUUGACAAACAUACGUCGGUCCCGAUAGGACACUGCACUGCCAAAUUGAUCAGAAAACUGGACAUUGCCAGUAGGUUCCACGAUCUCGUGAAACGGCUCCGCAAUGAAGUGACCAUGUUGGGCUUUGACUUAUUCGAUUGUCAUGGAAGAUUACGAGAAGAUUACAGACGCAAAGUCUCGGGGUACUGGAAAACAAAACUUGAAGCAGGAACCGUACUUCUCAUUGAAGAUGUCACGAUUGACCAUCCCUACCAAGGCCGUGGAAUUGAUACACAGAUGCUCAAAGCACUCCUUAGGGCUACUCGAGAAAAAGUGAAGGGAUCAUCUUUGCUUGCUAUCACCUGGCCAGAGCCUGCCAAAGCGACACUCUUUUGUGAGACGUUCGAAAUUCUCGUGGGCAACCCUGGCGUCUCUCAGGUCCUCAAACCCAUAGACCCGAAAUCCACGGCUCGCUUCCGGAAACUUGGUUUUCGGCGAAUCGAAACUUCCAUAUGGUUUGGCCUGGUUGUCGAAGACCAAGGAGAUGUCAAUCGAACUCGCACCAUUGACUACUAUUUCGAUCCUCUACCUGGGACCGGACCGAUCCAGAGAUUACCAGAGCCCGUUUUGAGAGCGUUUACAAACUUCGACGACAUACAAUCCUUGCAAAUUCUCGAAGAGCACUACGGGCAUCUGGCACCAGAUUCGGACCACUGGCUUGCCACAGAUCAAGCGGGAAAUACGGUCUUGCACCUCGCCGCUCAAUUACAUUUCCCAAAGUGUGUCGGUUGGAUCCUCGACCACGAGGGCCGUCGACUCCCUCGCGUCCGCAACAUGAACCGUGACACUCCUCGGCAAGCAAUACAGCUCACCUUGGAAAAAAUUCGAUCUCGGCGUCUUAUUUUGCCGUCCUACAUCGUCGUGAUGAGGACUUUUCCAGAAUAUCCGGAUGACGCCAUUUGGUGCCUUGCUAAAAUGGAUGGUAUCAAUCUGGAGUACAAAGACAAGGCCUGGAAGCAAUUGGCGGCUGGAUGCUCAUGUGGGCGUUGCAUCGAAGGUUGCCUAAGUCCUCGCAUGCGUCUCAAAUUGUCCUCACAAGCUGAAGUCGACCAUGAAUCUUUCGAAACCGCUGUGGCCGUUGGUCCUUUCAACUUUGCCUAUGGGGAGCUUCCGGCACAUGGCUUUGUACGAGAGUGUUGCUGGAAGAUGAUCGCACGCAGCUUGGCAGCUGCUCAAGGUUGCGUCAACCUGCUCAACCAUAUCAGCGACUGCUUGGAGAAAGCAUUGCUCCCGACCGUGGUCAAUGUUAUGCGCGUACACGACAAAGAAGGGAAAAAUCCGGUCGCCACUGACAAAUUCUUCAAGUGCGGAGGUAGCGUGGCGCAGAUGGUGAGGAUGGUCUUUGAACGCGCUCUCUGGCACGAGGUACAGUACCUGGACGAGCCACAACCUUAUGGCAUUGUAGUGGACUGGAUGCAAUUAAGCUCUGAUGACUACCUUCCAGAAUGCCGAAACGACUAUGACUACAGAUAUGUUCGGAGAAAGUGUGGCAUUCCGGUGAAGCGGCUCAACUGA